UGGGUGGAAAAUUGUACUGUGCAUCCUCAGUCCCUCUCUGGCCUCCUCCUUCGACCUUUUGUCGAGGUCUGGGACCCUCCUGUCUCCAUUCGGCCACAUCAGUUACGUUUGAACUGAUUUUUCUGACUCGAAGGCAGAAAAUUUUGAAAUCUGACCAUCACAUGGUAGUCGCAGGUCGAAUCAUUAUCUGAGAUGGUUUCUAAUUGGACUGCGACAGUUUCUUUACGCGCUGGAUUUCAUGCACUUGGAAAUUUUUUAUAAUCAGCGCGGUUUCGCUGGCUUCCGUCUUCGUUGGUUCAUAAUCUGGAUGAAAUGUGGCUGUUGAGAACUCUCGAAUUCGAGUUGAAUUGGACGGGAUGAAUAUUUGGUUCGUUGAUUUGAAGUGGACAGUGCCCUCUGUGUGGGAGUCAAGACGGUUCGGGCAGGUUGCCUCUGGCUGUGUAAGCAUUGCAACCAGCUAUAUUUGUUUGGGUGGAGUCUGGGUGGUUGGAGCGAAGAAUCUAGCUACAUUCGGAUUUCACUCCAAUUCAAAAGCAGGGAAUCGUUUGAGGACACCAGGCGCUUUUGCUUGUGCAUACCAUGGUUACCGUGGAAGACAAUUAUAGAAGUGAGUAGGAAAUUUUAUCAGGCCGUUCAGUUAUGGGAGCACUCACAGCAGCAGAAAAGGAGUCAGAAGCUCGAGAGGCUCGGGCUGCUUCCAACCAGGCCCGAUUACAGAAGAUUGUUCUUAGUUGGGAUUUUUACCGGCUCCUAGCGUUGGCGAAGAUAAAGAAUAAGAGGGGCAAGAGAGGGGACAAGGAUGAGGAAGAAGAGACUCCUGAGGGUGCCUUAAAACUGAGAGCUGUACCCGAUAAGUUUAAGGAUUUAGAGGAGUAUCUCUCUGUCUUUGAAGCUCUGCUUCUAGAGGAAUGUCGUGCACAGAUUAUAAGGGGAGAAGAAGAAGGAGGUGGGACACAGUGCCACAUGGUUGGUCUUGCAACUUGGGAGAAGGCAAAUGAGUUCUACUUUAUGAGGUUAGCAGUUCCCGCCGAUGCGGUGGAGGAAUUCAUGGAGAAUGACUUGUUGCUAUUAAGCAGAGAAAAGCCUCUUGGGGGUGCAAGACUUCCAACUACAUAUGCAUUUGGAGCUGUUGAGGGAAGAGAAGGUGCUCAAACUCUUAGAGUGCGCAUGCACCUGGAUUCAGAGACCAGCGAAAAAGAUGGACUUACUCUUACUCCAACUGCUGCCGCUCUGCGUUUGAGACAAGCUUUGCAGGGACCUACGUCGGCAUGGUAUAUCAUGAAGCUGUGCAAUAUGUCCACCAUUUUGAGGGAAUACACUGCCCUUCGAUCGGUCGGUUCUCUCCCAUUUGUAGACGUCAUUCUUUCAGCAGCAGAUGCGUCAAAAGAUGCAGCUAAGAAGAAGAAGACUCAAGCAACUCAGCCGGCAGACCUCGGUCAUUGGAACAUUCCCCAGCCUCUGAAAGAAUAUUUACAAGGCGGCCACAAUUCAUCUCAAAUGCAAGCUAUACAGGCUGGAUUGACACGCAAGCCUUUGGUGCUUAUUCAGGGACCCCCAGGAACCGGCAAAACGCAAACUAUUCUUGGUCUUCUUAGUGUCAUCCUGCACUCAACUCCAGCAAAACUCCCUGCGAAGUAUGGCGAAGUUAAUAUUGAAAGAAGGACAGAGCUUACUUAUGAGGAGAAGAUGUUGAAUUGGAUGAAGGCAUCACCGUGGCAUGGUAACGGAAUAAAUCCACGUGACUUAAUCAUGCCAGAGGAUGGCGAUGACGGCUACUUCAGUGCUUCACACAAUGCUUUUAGACCAGAAAAGGUGGGAGCGAAACAGAAACUCCAUGCUCAUGUUCUCGUUUGUGCUCCUUCCAACUCGGCUCUGGAUGAGAUUGUCUUGCGACUGUUGCGUACAGGUCUAAGAGAUGAAAAAGGAAUGAUGUACACUCCAAACAUCGUUCGCGUGGGACUGAAUGCCCACCACUCUGUACAGUCCGUCUCUAUGGACACUCUGGUUCAACACCGGCUCAGCAGUACAGAAAGAUCAGCUGUAUCGGCGGGACCUCGUGCUACCGCUGGAAUGGAGCGCGACCGCAUCAGGAUACAGAUCCUGGAUGAAGCGGCAAUUGUGUGCUCUACAUUGAGUUUCAGUGGAGCUGGUGUCUUCAAACGGAUGAACCGAGGGUUUGAUGUUGUAGUUAUUGAUGAAGCAGCGCAAGCUGUGGAACCGUCAACAAUGGUUCCUCUUAUGCAUGGUUGCCGACAAGCUUUCCUGGUUGGGGAUCCCAUUCAGUUGCCAGCAACUGUGCUUUCUACGAACGCUGUACAGCAUGGAUAUGGAAUGAGUUUGUUCAAGCGUUUUCAACAAGCUGGUUAUCCAGUACAAAUGCUGAACACUCAGUACCGCAUGCAUCCUCAAAUUCGUGAAUUUCCGUCUAAGGAGUUUUAUCACGAAGCUCUAGUGGAUGGAGAUGAAGUUGAGCUACAAACUACUCGGCCUUGGCAUGAGCAUCGCUGUUUUGGUCCCUUCGCCUUCUUAGAUAUUGCUGGACAAGAGAGUCAACCUCCGGGAAGUGGAUCAUGGGUUAACCAAGAUGAAGCAGAUUUUGUCCUAGUCCUGUAUAAAUGUUUGGUGGGAAUGUAUCCAUCGCUGAAAGAUGGACCACAUUUAGCCGUCAUUUCCCCCUACAAACAACAAGUUAAGCUCAUAAGAGAGCUUUUCCGGGAUGCGAUCGGUGUAGAGGCCACGAAGCUUAUCGACAUCAAUACUGUAGAUGGAUUUCAGGGAAGGGAAAAAGAUAUUGCCAUAUUUUCAUGCGUGCGUGCAAAUCCCAAAGGCGGAAUUGGGUUCGUGUCUGAUUACCGUCGAAUGAACGUGGGCUUGACACGAGCACGAGCUUCUAUGCUGGUGGUGGGUUGUUCUGCUGCCUUGAAACAAGAUAAGCACUGGAACAAUCUGAUAACAAGUGCUGAGGAGCGCCGUCGACUUCUGAAGGUCUCGAAACCUUAUCACUCGCUUUUUAGUGAUCAGAGCCUGGAAGCCAUGAAGAAACUCGACGAAGAGGAAUCCCAGUUACGACUCCUGCUUGCUGAAAAGAAAGCUGCAGAGAAGCUUGUGGAACCUCCGAAGUCUGCAGAUGUGGAAAUGGAUAAUAAUGACGAUUAUCCAGAAGAGGAAGAGGCCGAAGAAAUUGGAGUAAAUUUUGGAGACUUCGAUGAAGAAGUUGAGGACAUUUGAGGACCACAAAUGAAGAUAACCAAUUCUACCUGAUCACUGAGGAUCUGUGUCGAAGCUGGUGGCCGCUCACUUGAAGGAAAUGGAAAUGCCAUCGCCUUAAACGAUAGAAAUGUACACGGAGGUGUCCUCACAAGAAACAAGUCAACAGACUGCUCACCAUCCAUCCCUAAGCUCUUCUGGAUCACGGCAUGGGAAUUACCAGUGCCAUUUGUUAUGUAUUCCCUAGCUGAAGAUGUUCGGGGUUGGUUUGGCAAGUUUAUGGGAAGAAUGCCCAUGACAGUGCACGAGAGCAGCAAAAUAAAUUAACUGCAGAAUGUAAUUUGUAGACUAGAAAUUUUUUGUUGGGAUAUGGCGGCAUCAUCGAGAUACACUGACCAUUUUCAGUGGCCUGUAGUGUCGGAUCGAUAUUCUGAAUUUUUUAGUCAUUCUUCGAGACGUGAAAGUUUUCCGGAAAUGGAAUGUACAAUUGUAGGCUCAAGUGUAUCCGAAUACGAUUCAAGCGUUAUUUUGAUGAUUUACAUCAAUAAAAUUGUGGGCUUUCACGCGCGUUUUCAGUUGAAAGAUGUGUAGCAAAUGACCGGCAACCGAUACUCUUCGUCGCUAGUAAUAUUGCCCGGCCUUAAUCCAAAGCCCAAAGGAGC